AUGCCGAACCUUGAUAUGCUCUUGCUGAAGGGGCCUGCCCCGGGCGUCGAGGAGGGUCUCAAUGAACUGCGCUUCGCCAUACUGGCCGACGGCAUACCCGCAAACAGCGAGGGCAUGUCUGAACUGCGCAUGUACAUAUGGCUCAUACUACUCAAUACGCCGCCUUUGAAAACCGACGUCUACCUUGACCUCGUCCGACAAGGCGCGUCGCCUGCGCACACCAAGAUUCAAAACGAUACUUUCCGUACCUUUCAGGGCGAUCCACUCUUCCGUCGGCGCGUCACGCAGAAUAGCAUUACGCGUGUGCUCAACGCCGUCGCGUGGAGGCUCAACGAUGCGCAUGAAGCCCGCGUAAAUGGGUGGCAGUCACCGCCGACAUUGUCUGAGUUCGGAGGCAGUCCUGAUACAGCCAUGAUGUCCCGCCACUCGCUUGCCGCCAGCAUACGGACGGAUGCUUCGACUACCAACGACGCUGAGCAGAUUGGCUACGUGCAAGGCAUGAACGUGCUGUGCGGUCCAUUUCUGUACGCUGCACGGAGCGAGGUUGAGGCCUUCACUGGCUUCGAAAGACUCAUCACUCAGGAAUGCCCAGGCUACGUGCGAGGAUCUAUGGAAGGCGUGCAUAAGGGGGUGGCUCUGGUGGACCGGGUUCUUGAGGUCGUCGACGAGAAGCUGUACGCCCAUCUGAUGAGCUACCACAUGGAAGCCAAGAUAUACGCCUUCGCUUCCGUCCUAACCAUGUGCGCAUGCACAUCCCCUCUACCGGAAGUCCUCAAAUUAUGGGACUUCUUGUUCGCCUACGGCCCACAUCUGAACAUCCUAUGCAUAGUCGCUCAGCUUGUUCUGAUGCGUAACGAUCUUCUGAACAGCUCAAGCCCGAAUCAAAAACUGCGAAGUUUCCCUGCGUUGAACGCCGGCGCGAUUAUCCCACUGGCUACGGGGUUCACCAGCAAGAUACCCGAAGACAUGUACGAGGAGAUCGUAAACCAUGCCAAAUGA